GCCAUCGUGGUGGCCAUCAUCUUCUACACGCCCACGUUACGCAACCCCAUGUUUGUGCUGAUCGGCAGUCUGGCCACCGCAGACCUUCUUGCCGGCAUGGGAUUAAUCCUGACUUCGUGUUCCAGUAUCUGGUGUCCUCCUGAAACCAUCAGUCUGAUUACUGUGGGAUUCCUAGUCCCGUUUACGGCGUCCAUCAGCAGCCUGUUGGCGAUCACCGUCGACCGCUACCUGUCGCUCUAUAAUGCCCUCACAUACUUCUCCGAGAAAACUCUGCAUUAUGUGCAUCUGAUGCUGGUGGGCACGUGGGGUGCGUCUCUGUGUUUGGGACUUCUGCCUGUUUUGGGCUGGAACUGUUUAGACGAUGCGUCCACAUGCAGUAUUGUGCGUCCGCUAACCAGCAACCUCACACUCCUCGCUACGUCCUUCUUCAUCAUCUUCAUCCUCAUGUUAAGCCUUUAUUUUAAGAUCUGCAAGAUUGUGGACCACGCGCAUCAGAUUGCAUUGCAGCAGCAUUUUUUUACUACUUCACAUUACGUGGCCACUAAAAAAGGCGUCUCGACGCUGGCCAUCAUUCUGGGGACAUUCGGCGCCAGCUGGCUGCCCUUCGCUAUUUACUGUUUAGUUGGAGAGCGCGAGUAUCCGCCGGUGUACACAUACGCUACGCUGCUGCCCGCUACAUACAACUCCAUGAUCAACCUCAUCUACGCCUACAGAAAUACGGAGAUCCAGCGCUCCAUACACAUGCUGUUCUGCGGAUGCUUUCAGAGCAACGGCUCGUACCGCUCCAGAUCGCCCAGCGAGGUCUAG